UAUGAAAACAAUUGACAUUGGAGAAGGUAAAGCACUGCUGGUACGGGAGAAGGGGGAGUAUUCUGCAGUUGGCCACAAGUGUACCCACUAUGGUGCUCCAUUAUCAACUGGUCAUCUCAGUAACGGACGAGUAAGGUGCCCUUGGCAUGGAGCUUGCUUUAACAUUAAGACUGGUGAUAUUGAAGACUUUCCUGGAAUAGACAGUUUGCCCAAAUUUGAGGUGGUCAUUAAGAAUGACAAUGUUAUUGUUAGGGCAUAUCCAGAGCAAUUUACAUCUCAUAAAAGAGUAAAAAAGAUGGUUAAUGCAGACACGAGUCAUGACAAAAGAGUCUUUGUCAUCAUUGGGGGAGGUGGGGCAGCUAUGAAAGCUGCAGAGACAUUGAGAGAAGAGGGAUUCAGAGGGCGUGUAAUCAUGGUCACAAAAGAGGCUCACUUGCCCUAUGAUAGACCAAUUUUAAGUAAGAAAUUGGCUGCCACAGCUGAUUCUUUAAAACUACGUUCAAUGGAUUUUCUGAAGGAUCAUGAUAUUGAGCUCAUGACAGAAACUGAGGCUACAGCACUGGACAAUGACAAAAAGACUGUCACUUUAAGUAAUAGCACAGUUCUAAACUAUGAUAAUGUAUUGAUUGCUACAGGAGGAAAACCGAGAAGUUUAAGUAUACCUGGAAAUGAUCUGGAGAAUAUCUUUCUAUUGAGAAGUCCUGAAGAUGCUAACCAGAUUGCCUCCUUUGUUCCUGGAAAGAACGUGGUUAUCAUUGGAACUUCGUUUAUUGGUAUGGAACUGGCGUCGAACUUUGCAGACAAAGCAGCGUCUGUGACAUGUGUUGGUAGAAGCAGUAUUCCUUUUGCCAACGUGCUAGGCGAGAAGAUAGGCGCUAUGCUGAAAAAGACUCACGAAAACAAAGGAGUAAAAUUCAUCACCGAUGCUGCUGUCAGUAGUUUCAAAGGUGACAACGGAAAAUUAACAGCUGUGUGUUUCAACAAUGGAACAGAAGUUCCUGGUGAUAUCUGCAUCCAGGGAUUAGGUGUAUCACCAUGCACUGAAUUUUUGAAAAACAGUGGCGUGCCUCAGACCAGCCGCGGAGAUGUAAUUGUUGACAAGUACAUGAAGGCUUGUGAAGGGGUUUUUGCCGCUGGAGAUAUCGCUCACUUCCCUCUGAAGAUGUUGGGCUGGGAAAAGGUUUCUAUUGGUCACUGGCAGAUCUCGCACAAGCAUGGACUGACUGCUGCGCGUAAUAUGCUUGGACGAAACGAAGAGAUCGACACAAUACCAUUCUUCUGGACUUCACAAUAUGGUAAAAGUAUCAGAUAUUGUGGUCACGCCCAUUCAUUUGAUGACGUCGUUAUUGACGGAAGCGUCGAAGAACAAAAAUUUACAGCUUACUUUGCUAAAGGGAAUAAAAUCCUUGCUGUUGCGACCAUGGGACCUGGGAAUGCAGCAGCAAAGGCAGCGGACGAAAUGUUUGAGGGGAAGAUGCGUUCUGCAUCAGACAUAAGGGCCGGUCUUUAGAACGAAAACGAAGACAUCCGUACUAUGACAGAGACAAAAGCUGAAGUUGGCUGGCAAAUAUCACGACGCUUUUCAAAAUAAGAACUUUUAGAUAAAAUAGAAAAAGAAAGGCUCUCCUUUGAAAUCAUUUGUAAAAUCGUGCAUCCCACUAUGUACGUACACUACCAUGGACAGGUGAUAGCUGUAAAUGUAUUUGUUAUUUGAGUAAAAACUUAUAUACUGAACUAUUUUCCCCCAAGAUUCUCGAUGUAGAUACUUUCACAACUUUUUAUUCCACUAUAUAUGGCGGACAAGUUUAAAAUAAAACAUACUUGACGAAACGAUA